GCCUUACAGGCACAUUACUUCGAAUGAAGAGGAAACAUGCCAAAGUCUGUGUGGCGGAUACAUACGCGAGGAAUGUAGUAAUGAUACUUUGUUUACUUUUGUCAACGUGUUCACUUCAUGGCUUUGUUUUCGGGGAAGAGUUAGCAGAUAUUCCUACGGCGCCUCCUGUAAGACAGAGCUGGGGGUGUAAAAGAGAAAUGGGCAGGGAUAGCGUUUCUAUCAUCUUUUGGUUUUCAUGCUGGCAGAAGCUGCCACCCUUCUAUCCUACUACCUAAAAACCCCCUGCCUGGGAAAUGAAUAGGAGACUAUUAGAAACAUGAUAUCUAAUCCACACUUAACAUAAGCAGAUACUGUUAUCAUGGUGGCCGGCUAACGUUAGCUACGAAGCUAGGUUACUUGGACAAUCCUUUCAACUUGCUUGCUGACAGGUUAGCUUACGACAGCUAACUUCGCUAUGUGAACUAACUAAGCCAGGAUAAAGAAACUCCCUGCAACUCUCUGGCGUUGCAGGUCGCUCUCAUGUGCCCAUGGAGAAGGCAGCCUUUGAGGGGUGGCUGGAGUCAGUCUCCGCCGCUUUCCUUACUCUGAAUGACCAGCAGCGCAACCAGUCUCUGGACCACCUCAUCUCUUUAAGUGGUGCUGUCCAGCUCCGUCAUCUGUCCAAUGGACUGGAGACGCUGCUCAAGCGCGACUUCCUGCGCCUUCUUCCCCUGGAGCUGGCCUUCUACCUGCUGCGCUGGCUAGAUCCUCAGACCCUGCUCACCUGCUGCCUGGUCUGCAAACAGUGGAAUAAGGUGAUCAGCUCAUGCACAGAGGUAUGGCAGGGUGUGUGUCGGGAGCUGGGCUGGAGGAUCGAUGAGUCCAUUCAGGAUGCGACGCACUGGAAGGGGGUCUACCUGAAGGCUAAACUGCGCAUGAUGCAGCUGAACGACCAGGAGGCCUUUGAGACAUCGUCCCUCAUUGGCCACAGUGCUCGAGUAUACGCCCUCUACUAUAAGGACGGCCUUCUCUGUACAGGAUCUGAUGACCUGUCUGCCAAAUUAUGGGAUGUGCGAACUGGGCAGUGCAUUUAUGGAAUUCAGACACACACGUGCGCCACAGUGAAGUUUGACGAACAGAAGCUGGUGACUGGGUCCUUCGACAACACUAUUGCAUGCUGGGAAUGGAGCUCGGGGGCUAAAAUCCAGCAGUUCCGUGGCCACACAGGAGCAGUGUUCAGCGUGGACUACAACGAUGAGCUGGACUUGCUGGUCAGCGGCUCUGCAGACUUCUCCGUGAAGGUCUGGGCUCUGUCUGCUGGUGCCUGUCUCAACACCCUGACCGGACACACCGAGUGGGUCACCAAGGUGAUACUACAGAAAAGUGAAGUAGAAUCUAUGGUGCACAGUCCUGGUGAUCAUAUCCUCCUCAGUGCUGAUAAGUAUGAAAUUAAGGUCUGGCCUUUAGGGAGAGAAAUAAACUGUAAGUGUCUGAAGACGCUGUCGGUGUCAGAGGACCGCAGCAUCAGCCUCCAGCCUCGCCUGCAGUUUGACGGACGCUACAUCGUCUGCAGCUCUGACCUCGGAGUGUACCAGUGGGACUUUGCCAGUUUUGAGAUUCUCAGGGUGAUAAAAACGCAGGACCCAGCUAACCUGUCCCUGCUCAGCUUUGGCGAGGUGUUCGCACUACUUUUCGACAACCACUUCCUGUACGUGAUGGACCUGAGGACAGAGGCCAUCUCGGGCCGCUGGCCUCUACCGGCCUACAGAAAAUCCAAACGAGGAUCCAGCUUCCUGGCCGGCGUGACGUCCUGGCUCAACGGCCUGGACGGGGGCAAUGACUCUGGACUAGUGUUUGCCACCAGCAUGCCGGACCAUAGCAUUCACUUAGUACUGUGGAAAGAGAACGGAUAGAAGCGAGCCAAGGACUCUGAUCCCCACACUGCUAGGAUACGGGCCGCAAUCAUGUGUGGCUCUGGAAUAUAUGAACUUUAACAGCCAAGAUAGAUCAUGCAUGGACCAAAGCAUUUUGUUUUUAUCUGUUUCUUCCUCAGCAUACAGUCCUCCUCUACACAGAAACUUUCACAGAUGGAAAUGGAAGGCAAACCACGAAGAUGACAUUACUGAUCAGCACUUGCUCCUGAUUUCUGCAGAAACCUGUAAACCUCUCACUGGUCUUGGUCAAGGACAAAGAAAGACUUCUUGAAAUUCAAGAUGUGUCAGUGACAACAAAAAAAUGGCAUCAAAGGUUCCAAAAUAAAAACUAUAGAAAUUCUCUUGUAACAGACUUUAUCAUGGAAGUGUUUCUGUCAGAUUUGCUCCCUGAUCAGUUUAGCAUUGUGCGUUCACACUUGUAGCCAACCUUUAAUCCGUAUUCUUUUAACCGGGUGCCAACUUUGGCCACCAACUUUUUCUUACCAGGGUGAGACUACGUCAGACGUGCUGUAGCUAGAACAUGGCCGAUGCCAGGCUGAUCACUGAACAGAUUUGCCAAAAACAUUGGUUUCCUUGAAGAAAAGCAGGGUUGCCUUAAAACACAGUCACUGUCAAUAAUGGAGGACAUCUCCUCUGACGUCAGAUCAGACCCCCCCACACAGCUGUAUACUGAAUCGUAUGUUGAAAAGUGGUUCGGUACAUUGUUGUGUACCACGUAAAACAUUGUAAGGUUUCAUGUAAUUCACUGAAUAUACUUUUCUAAGGGAUGUCUGGUUUAAAUGUCAGCUUGAGAAAUGUGACGUGCCUUUUCAGUUCAUUUGAUGUUACAAACUAGAAUUCCUUGAGAACUCUGGCACACUGCAGUAAGGUGAUGACUGCAUUGUAAAUCUUAACUUUUAUGUUGAAUUUUUCAUAUUUACUGUGCUUUAACAGUCUCUAAGAUGUCUGUAAUUUUAUAGUUAUCUACCUGACAUGACUUGCUCAGUGAAUUGCUUUUAUGAAUCAUUGACUGUGUAAAACAUCAGGUUUAUUUUUCUAAACGCCUCAAUGCAUUGCACAGCUGAGGUAGUGACUUGGAAAGCAGUCGGUCCUGCGCGUAAUUACUAUUUUAGACUUUAAAGAACAUUUGAAUAGAUGUUUUUCUGGUAUAACCAGAGAGACCAUGUGGAAUCAUCCCUCGUUUUAACUUCAUGUCUCAACCUGGUUUUCUACAACACUGAAACUUUAAAGCUGCUGUAGGUAACUUUUAUAAAAUUAACUUUUUGUCAUAUUUGCUGAAACUUUCACUUUAUUCUGACAGUAGUUCAUGAGACAGAUAAUCUGUGAAAUAAUCAGGUUCCUCUGGCUCCUCCUAGUGCUCCUAAUGGUAUUUACAAGAAUCCAGUGGGCCCGAACAAUAACAACCAAUCAGAGGCGACAAAGAUAGAAAGAUUAGAGGCUUGAAGAUGGUUGAUGGUUGAGACUCAUUGCCAUGGUCCUAAAGCGUCUGUAUUAGACGUCCUGGGAAUGAGGCUCGACAAUCAGCUUUCACAGAUUAUCUGUUUUAUGUAUUGCUGUCAGGAUACAGUAAAAAACCUACUGCAGCUUUAAACAAGAAUGAGUGCUUAUUCCCAGAAUUCUCAUUGAUGUCUUCCUUUGCAUUAGGCAGGCCAGAGCAUGGAUUGAAAUGUAUUCACCAAACCACAGUUAUUACUACAGAUGAGUUUGUUCUUGCAUACACAGACCGUAACCUGUUUGUCACAUGGAUAAUUGUACACAGCAGAUGUACAGACUGUUCUUAGUUUAGGUUUUUCAAAUCUAAUUAAAACACCACCAAUAUACUGUAUUCUGUACUGUUGUCUGACCAUUGCACCACAUUGUAUCGUCCCAGCAGCAUUCAGUUCAAAUUGGACAUGCAGUCAUAUGAUUUGUAUAUACAGUGAUGAAUUGAAACUGGCCAGCAGAAAUGUGAAAUUGGACAUUUUUGUUGUAUCUCUUCAGAGUUAAUUGCCAUUGCAUUCAAGCUCUGCACAGUGUUAUUUCACACAUUCAUCUAUUGCAUCGUCAUAGCUCUUUGGUCACUUGCAUCAAUCUACAAUCAGCUUCAAUAUUGCAAUCUUUCAAAUAAAUAAAAGUAGCAAAUGCA